UUUGAUAGGUCUGGCAUGGUCCAUAACAAUAUAUCACAUUUCUUUCAGGGAAAUGAAGCUGAGCCUCAACCACAGGAAUUCACAGCUGCAGAAAAUUAUUUUGAGAAUGCAAAGGUGGAAUGUGCAAUACAAACCUGCCCAGAACUUCUUCGCAAAGAUUUUCAAUCUAUGUUUCCUGAGGCUCCAGUUGUAGGAUUCACAGUACUUACUGUAACGCAAAGAAGUGUUAAUGAUAUGACUAUAUGGAAUGAAGCAGUAGAAGAGGAACGUGAGCAGCUACUGGAGAAAUUCAUUAAUGGUGCCAAGGAAAUCUGCUAUGCACUCCGCUCAGAGGGUUACUGGGCAGACUUCAUUGACCCAUCUUCAGGCCUUGCAUACUUUGGACCAUACACAAACAGCACUCUGUUUGAAACAGAUGAGCGCUAUCGACAUCUCGGUUUCCGGAUUGAAGAUCUUGGUUGUUGUAAAGUUAUUCAGCACAAGAUUUGGGGAACACAUGUAUUUGUUGGCAGUCUUUUCACAAAUGCACCUACAGAUUGCUUAGUAAUGAAGAAACUACAAGGGAGCACCCCACUUUGAUUGCUGUCACCAUUUUAUUAUUAAAAAGAAGCCAAAAGACUGGUGAGGAAGCUCCAUUUUAUAGAUGUAUUCUGGUGGCUUAUGUAAAUGUAGUUUAAGAAGAAGGCUGUAAGAUGCUGAAUAUAUCAGUGAUAUUUAUUUUAGUUCACUUCAAAUGAUAUUGUAAAAGACUGAUCAUGAAAAAUGAUACUGGAAUUUGUGCAUGUGUUUUCUAUGUAAUGGAACUGUCACUUAAGAAAUCUACAUCAGUGAUGCUUCUAAGAAUAUUUCAGAACCAUUUACUGAUGACACUUGGCUCAUGUAGCAUGGUUUGUUCCAAUUCCAGUGAGACAGUCUAUCUCAACUUAGCAAGUAAUAAAUUAAAUUUCCUAAAACUCA